UCUCCCCAUCCCCACACCUCUCCUGAGCUCUGUCAAGGACAUGAAGAACUCUUCCACUGGCCCCAAGUAGUGGGGUGCAUUACCCUGCACACUUCCUUCCAGGAAGCAAAGACUUUGUUUUGGGUUGGGGAGGGUGAGGCGACCUUUUUAUAUAGUGGGAAACGAAGCGGCCGCUUUAAGAGGAGCGCGUGGGUUUGGGGCUGGUGUGUCGGGUCGCACGUGAUAGGGGUCUCGCUGGCGCUUGUUGAUGAUGUCGCCGCGGUGCCCCAAGGAGGGAUUGGCCGAGGCUGGUCUCGGAGUGAUGAGCCCAGCACCUCCCGGGAGCAAGGCGGAAGCGUACGGGACGCCGUAGGGCGGAGGCGGGAGAGGCUAGGGUCGCGAUGAGUGGGCUCGGCCGGCUCUUCGGGAGGGAGAAGAAGGAGAGGGGGCCAACCCCUGAAGAGGCAAUACAGAAACUGAAGGAGACGGAGAAGAUAUUGAUCAAGAAACAGGAAUUUCUGGAGCAGAAGAUUGAACAGGAGCUACAAACUGCCAAGAAGCAUGGGACGAAGAAUAAGAGAGCUGCCCUACAGGCCUUGCGGAGGAAGAAAAGGUUGGAACAGCAGCUGGCACAAACGGACGGGACAUUAUCCACCCUGGAGUUUCAGCGUGAGGCCAUUGAGAAUGCCACCACCAAUGCAGAAGUGCUUCGUACCAUGGACCUUGCUGCCCAAGGCAUGAAGAAGGCCUACCAGGACAUGGACAUUGACAAGGUGGAUGAACUGAUGGCUGACAUCACAGAACAACAGGAGGUGGCCCAGCAGAUCUCAGAUGCCAUUUCUCGACCCGUGGGAUUUGGAGAUGAUGUGGAUGAGGAUGAACUGUUGGAGGAGCUAGAGGAGCUGGAGCAGGAGGAAUUGGCCCGAGAGUUGUUACAUGUGGGCGACAAGGAGGAGGAACCCCCAGUCACACUGCCCAGUGUACCGUCUACACAUCUUCCUGCAGGGCCAGCUCCCAAAACGGAUGAAGAUGAAGAAGCACUAAAGCAGUUGGCUGAGUGGGUGUCCUGAUGAGUCUGGGCUUGUCUACCUGACGCUGCCUUCAUUGUUCUCUUUUCCUUAAGUGCCAAGUGCUAAGCUAAAGGAACAUGGCCUUGUUGGGAGGUCCUGCUGAGAGUGGUAGUGUGACCCUGCCUGAGAAAAGGGUCUGUCGCCCUCCCAUCCCAGGCUCAACCCUGAAGAAGGAUCUUGAUGCAGGAGGAACCCCUGGGCUCCCUUUAAUAGCAGUUACAGUGCCCUCGUUCGCAAUAAAAUUGGGCGGAUGGAAUCCUAGUGCUUAUACUGCCCUGUCUACAACUGAAA